AUGGAUGAAUGUCCACUGUCACUCCCUGGAAAUUCACCUUCUUUGCCAAAUGUACAAGCCCCUCAAUCCCAAUAUGAUUCUAUUGAGGCUGAUGGCCAAUCUGAAAUUGUUAAUGUUCCAAUUGAUGUAGAGGAUGAUGAGGAUGACGAAGAUUACAAUUUGAGUGAUUUUUCUGAAUCUGAUGAUGAUAUAAUUGAAGAUUUUGGAGAUUCAGAUCAUGGGGAUAGUGAUGAGUUAAGGAGUGUAGAAGGGUCAUCUGAUGAUGAAGGGAAUUCAAGGCCUAGGUUCCCUGAGUUUAACCAGCGCAUUGGCAUGGAAAAUGUACAGCUGGUGAAGGAUAAAAAAUUUGCAUCACAUGUCGUCUUCAAGGAGGCACUAAAGGAGUGGUGUAUUAAAGAAAAACAUGAUUUUGAGUAUAAGCACAAUGAUAAGUGGAGAGUGACAGCUAUAUCUGCUAUUAGGAAGUGGGAUGUGGGUAGCACAGUGAAGAUACAAACUGUGAAUGAUGUGUUUGAGAGAAUGUAUAUUUGUCUUGAUGCUUGCAAAAGGGGAUUUUUAGCAGGUUGUAGGCCACUUAUUGGGAUAGAUGGUUGUCAUUUGAAGGGGACAACAGGGGGACAGUUGCUGGUUGCUGUUGGAAAGGAUGGGAAUGAUAAUAUCUUCCCAAUCGCUUAUGCUAUCAUUGAAAUUGAGAAUAAAAGCUCUUGGACCUGGUUUCUACAAUGUCUGUUGGAUGACAUCGGACAUGGAUUAGUAGAGACCUUUAAGGAUUUGAUGCCUAAUGCAGAGCACAUAUUUUGUAUUAGGCAUUUACAUGCAAAUUUCAAGAAGGAUUUUCCUGGGAAGGUACUCAAAGAUGCAAUGUGGAGUGCUGCUAGGGCAGCAACAAAGAAUUCUUUUGACUUCCACAUGGAUGAGUUGAAGAAUCUAGAUGUGAAGGCAUAUGAGUGGCUUGUGAAGUUAGAUGUGAGAACAUGGAGCAGACAUGCUUUUAAUCCAAGAAGCAAGAGUGACACUCUAGUAAACAAUAUAGCAGAGUCUUUCAAUGCUUGGAUUUUGGAGGCUAGGGAUAAACUAGUGUUGACAAUGAUGGAGAUCAUAAGAGUGAUGUUGAUGCAAAGGUUGCAAACCAAAAGAGAUCAUAUGAGAAGGUAUGUAGGGAGGGUUUGUCCAAGAAUCUAUAAGAAGCUUGAGAGGAUAAAAAGCGAGGUUGGACAUUGCAUUUCUCAUUGGAACGGAGAGUCCAAAUAUGAGGUGGAGUAUAUUUAUGGUGGAAGAUAUGUGGUGGACUUGAAUGAGAGGACUUGUGGUUGUGGGAAAUGGGGAUUGAGUGGAAUCCCAUGUUUUCAGGCUGUUGCUGCAAUAAUUGAGCAUGGAGAGCAACUUGAGACUUAUGUAGACAUUGCUUACACUAAGGAGACAUUCUUAAGUUGUUACCAAUGGAUGGUAAGCCCCCUUCCAAGCCAUGAACAGUGGCCAAAAACACCCUAUGACCCAAUCAAGCCCCGAAAAUUUACAAAGAAAGUAGGCAAGCGUAAGAAGGUAAGAAAGAGGGAGGCAAGAGAACCUAUUAAUGCAUUUAGGGUGAGCAAGAAAGGAAUUGCCAUGAAAUGUGGGAAUUGUUUCCAAUGGGGCCAUAAUCAAAGAACUUGUAAAGCUUCUGAUAACCCCAACAAGAAGGCUUAUAAAAAGAAAAAGAAAGGGCAAUUAGGACAAUCAUCUACAUCUGGAGUUCAAGGAAGUAAAAAAUUAUUGGGUACUCAGCAAUCAAAUAUAGGUGCUCAACAAUCAAGUCAAAGUCAUACAAAGGACAACACUAGUGGAAGUAAGAAGGAUAAGGGAAAGGCUAAGGUUUAG